AUGUAUCAAUCUGUAUGUUAUUGUGCACAUCAAGUACCAAUAUCAGAAAUUUUAUUAUCCGAUGAUGAUUCGUUUGAACCAUUUGUUGAAGAAAAACAAAUGAAUAAUGUCGAAAAUUUUUUUGAAGAUAAAUAUCUUGAUUCGGAUAAAGACUAUUUUCAUGAAAUAGUAAUAAAUGGUUUAAAUCAUAAUGAUACACAAAUUAUUCCAAAAUUUACCCAAAAAUAUAUUAUAACUGAUCUUUCAGAAAAAUGUCAUAAGCAAAUAUCAAAAAAUCAAUUAAAAUAUGGUGCCUUAAUGGGUAAAACAAAAAAAGCAAUUCACUAUGCAUUACAAGAUAAGGAUAAUAAAAUAAUGCAAUUUAUAAAAGAAUUCAACAAACGAAAGGAGGAUCAACGUGUUCUAGCUCAUAUAUACAACAAUCUUGUUACUA